GAGAGCAAGCAGCGGAAAAGCAGGAGAGUUUCCCCGGGCCCAAGUACGGGGGCAGGUACUGCCUGGGGGAGCGGAAGCGGUUCCGGAUUUGCAACGUCAGGCCGUGCCCCCCGGACAAGCCGUCCUUCCGCCAGGUGCAGUGCAGCCACUUCAACCCCAUGCCCUACAGAGGGAAGCUCUACCGGUGGACACCAGUGCCCAACAACAUUAACCCCUGCGAGCUGCACUGCCGCCCGGAGGACGAGUACUUCGCCGAAAAGCUGCGGGACGCCGUCAUCGACGGGACACCGUGCUACGAGAGGAACGCCAGCCGCGACAUCUGCAUCAACGGCAUCUGCAAGAACGUGGGCUGUGACUACGAGAUCGACUCCAACGCGAUGGAGGACCGGUGCGGCGUCUGCCAUGGGGACGGCUCCACGUGCCACACGGUCAAGAAGACCUUCGAGGACAGCGAGGGGCUGGGUUACGUCGAUAUUGGGAUUAUCCCGGUGGGAGCGCGGGAAAUCCGGAUUGAAGAAGUCGCAGAAGCUGGGAAUUUUCUGGCGCUGCGGAGCGAGGACCCCGAGAAGUAUUUCCUGAACGGCGGCUGGACCAUCCAGUGGAACGGGGACUACAGGGUGGCGGGGACCACCUUCACCUACAAGAGGACGGGGAACUGGGAGAACCUCACCUCCCCAGGGCCCACCGUGGAGCCAGUGUGGAUCCAGCUGCUGUUUCAGGAGACCAACCCGGGGGUGCGGUACCAGUACACCAUCCAGCGCCCGCCCGACAGCCACAACGAGAUCCAGCAGGCAGAGUUCCUCUGGCGCUUCGGCUCCUGGACCCCGUGCACGGCCACCUGCGGCACCGGGGUGCAGCGGCAGAUCGUGCACUGCGUGGAGAAGCUGGCGGGCAUCGUGGAGGAGCGCUACUGCGACGCGCUCACCCGCCCCGACGACCAGCAGAGGACGUGCGGCGAGGAGCCCUGCCCCGCCAGGUGGUGGGUCGGCGAGUGGCAGAAGUGCUCGGCCACGUGCGGCCCCGCGGGGCUGCUGAAGAGGACGGUGCUCUGCAUCCAGAGCGUGGGGCUGGAUGAGCAGCGGGCCCUGCAGCACGCGGACUGCCAGCACCUCCCCAGGCCAGACGCCACCGCGCCCUGUCCCCAGGAGAUCCCCUGUCCCUCCCCGUGGGCUGUGGGGAACUGGUCCGAGUGCUCUGUGACGUGUGGAAACGGGACACGGCAGCGCCGGGUUCACUGCAGCAACAGCACAGGAGCCGCCUGUGACCCUGCAGAGAGACCCAGCUCGGAAGCUGCGUGCUCCUCGCUGCCCUGCCAGGACAAAUGGGACAGUGCUGACACGGAGUGGUCCGGCAGCGGGGCCUCCAGCAGGGAGAUCCUCAAUGAGAUCCAUUACAUCCCCAGCAACCACAUUGCUAAGUUUAACCCUGUCAUUCCAAAUAUCCCCGAGUCCAACGAUCUCAAUGUCAUCACCGGGGAGGACUUCUCGGCCAAGAAGGGAAAUGUCUUUGUUGAUGAUUUUUACUACGAUUAUAAUUUUAUCAACUUCCACGAGGAUCUGUCUUAUUACCCCUUCAUGGAGAAGGAGACCAAAGGCGAGGGGGCAAAGCCAGAGCUGAGCCCCAAUGAUGUGGAGGGGUCCCAUGAGAUGCCCACUGAGGUCCUGCACACCGUCAAGCUGGGAGGAGGAGCAAGCGAGGACCAUCUGGUGACCAGCGAAGCCACCACCUCUGCUGCUGUGCACGCCAAAGGAGGGACAGAGCCGGGGGGUUCAGCCCCCAGUGACCCCCUGAGCUCAGUCCCUGAGGACGUGGGGACAGCCUCUCCCAAAGACAUCAUCCCUGACUUCGUGGGGGAGGAGGAGGACACAACGCUUGUGUCCCACGACCGCCCGGCCCCAGAUGAGCCCAGGGGAGCCGUGCCAAUGGGGACCGGUCCUGGGCAGGAUGCUCCAACCAGCAGCCUCAAUCCAUGGGCUCCUUACCCGGUCAGUCCCUCCCCACUGCUGCCCACGGGUGCAGACACGUCCAAAAGUCCAGGAGAGGUGGGGAGCAGCGGUGAGGUGCUGGGUAGUGCCAGCAGCGAGGAGCACGACGUGGCCGGCUCUGUGGAGAGAGGCCAUGAAGACCCAAGGGAAAUGGAUCUCAUCAUCACUGGGGAUGCUGAGAGCAUCCCCAAGCCCGAGGAGCAGGACGGGUGGGCAGAAGCGCCGGAGGGGACAGUGGGCACACACACAGCACCAGUGACCACCGAGCAAAGCCAUGGGACAGAGAGGGCAGGACUUUCCUUCCCCACCCCACAUGGACCGGGGUGGGAGGUGGGGAGAGCUGGCAGCACCCAUCCCACUGUGGGUCCUCAUCCCAUGGGUGCUGACAGGGGCUCCACGGGGCUGGCAUCAGAGCUCCACACCCCCACAUCCUUGACCUUGGCCCCCUUGGUGGCCACCACAGCCUUUCCAGCAGCAGUGUCCCCAUCCUCUGCCGUGCCCGGGCCAGCCCCCCAGCUCACCUCCAGCAGCCUCACCCAGAAAGAUGCCCUGGCACCAAUUGUGCCCACAGCCCCAGCUCACAGCCCUCCUGUGCACCCGGUAGGAGCAUCACGCUCCAUGUCCCCCCCAGCAUGGUGGACCAUGGGGGUGUCCCACCACCCAGAGCCGGCAUCGCCCCGUGCAGAGCAGACAUCGCAUGGGACCCCACUCAGCAGCACUGCGCCGGGGGAGCGCUCACCAUGGGCACCCCCAGGGACAUUUUCUUUGGGUGAUGGGGAGCAGGAGUUGUCCCAGCCCACCCCAGCCCCACCGCCACUCUGGGAGAGGGAAGAGAUGGAGGAGGAAGACGCUUGGCUUGUGCCAUCGACCACCGUGGCGGCCACAGCGAUGCCCAGCUGGGAGGUGGGCAACUGGAGCGAGUGCUCGGUGACCUGCGGCGUGGGCGCGAUCUGGAGACCAGUGCGCUGCAGCAGCGGCAGCGACGAGGGCUGCGCCGUGGCCGACAAACCCGUCCCGGCACGGAGGUGCUCCCCGCGGCCGUGCUCCUCGUGGCGCGUGGGCAACUGGAGCAAGUGCUCCAGGAGCUGCGGCGGGGGAACGAAGGUUCGGGACGUGCAUUGCAUCGACACCAGAGACCGGCGGCUC